GAGGAGUGUGUUACGUGGGAUAAAAACAGGAGUGGGUGUUCUGAAACAAAAACAUGAACAGAUAUAGUAAGAGAAGUGAGUCACCAAAUCAACCAAAAAAUUACCAAAUUCUACUGACUACUACUGCUACCGUUAACUCAACACAUAAAUACAACACACUCUCAUCAACUCUGCAAACUGCAAACACUUAGUCAUCAUCUCAGCUCAGAGGUAACCAACUUUUAAAUUUGUUCUUCAUUGCUUCACUUCAUAUUUUAUUUCCAUCUCUAUGUUCCUUUGUUUUCUCUAAAUUUGUGUAUUGUAUUGUGUUGUAUAUAAUCUGUUUUAGCUCUUCAAGAAUGCUAGGUCUUAAUAAGUUGUUAGAUAGAUUCAAAAGUACCCAAGUCCACUCUUUAAGCUCUUCAAAUACCAACUAUGGUCUCCCCACAGCUGACCUUUUAGAACCCACCAUAGACCCUUACUUAAAACCAAUAUACUAUGUUGAAUCACUUGCUCAACUUUAUCGACGCCUCGAUGCGUGCUCAAUGCCAUCCGAUAAGUCGUUGUUAUGCAUUGAGCAGUACUCGCUUUUGCGCGCUUUGGGCGAUCCUAAGCUGCUUAGGAGGUGCCUUUGUGCUGCUAGGCAGUUUGCUUGUGAUGUGCACUCAAAGGUUGUGCUUUCUGCUUGGUUAAGAUUUGAGAGGAGAGAUGAUGAAUUUGUUGGUGUUUCGUCGCUGGAUUGUACUGGGUAUGUUCUUGAUUGUCCUGUUGCUGCUUUGAUUUCCGGGUGUGAUCCUGUUUCCGUUAAUAGCCCUUGUCAAUGCUGUUCUCAGGGUGUUAGUACUUCAUUAGUAAAUGAUGAUUGCUUGAGUUCGGAUGAUGAUGAUGAUGGUGGUGUUUCCAUUCGUGUAAAUGAUGAGUUGGUUCAUUGUGUUAGAUCGAAAAUUGCUGCACUCUCUAGCCCAUUAAGGGCAAUGCUAUACGGUAGCUUUGUGGAGUCCGGAAGUGGUACGGUUGAUUUUUCGAAGGACGGAAUAUCUUUGGAGGCAAUGAGAGCAGUUGAAGUGUAUAGUAGGACUAGGAGAGUUAAUACAUUUUGUGGUGAGAUUGUUUUAGAGUUGCUUGCAUUUGCAAAUAGGUUUUGCUGUGAGGAAUUGAAGUCUGCUUGUGAUGCUCAUUUGGCUUCAUUGGUAUGUGGGGUUGAGAAUGCAUUGAUUCUUUUAGAUUAUGGUUUAGAGGAAAAAGCUAAUCUUCUUGUGGCUUCUUGCUUGCAAGUCUUUCUUAGGGAGGAGCUUCCGAGUUCAUUGUAUAAUCGUAAAGUGAUGAAACUAUUCUGUUCCCCUGAGGCCGGGGAGAGAUGGGAAAUGCUCGGUACAGCUUCAUUCUUACUGUUUUAUUUUCUGAGUCAGGUGGCUAUGGAAGAUAAUAUGAAAUCGAACACAACCAUGAUUUUGUUGGAAAGAUUGCAUGAAUUUGCAACAGAAAAGUGGCAAAAGGCACUUGCUUUGCAUCAAAUAGGCUGUGUUCACCUUGAGAGAAAAGAGUACAAGGAUGCUCAAUUUUGUUUCCAGCAAGCGGUUCAGGCAGGUCAUGUUUAUUCAGUUGCUGGUGUUUCUAGGGCAAAGUACAAGCAAGGGCAGCAGUACUCGGCUUUCAGGUUGGUAAAUUCUAUCAUAUUUGAGUAUAAGCCAGUUGGUUGGAUGUACCAAGAGCGAUCUUUAUAUGGCACUGGACGAGAGAAGAUUGUUGAUCUUAAUACUGCAACAGAAUUGGAUCCAACACUCUCAUUUCCAUAUAAAUAUAGAGCUGUCAAAAUGAUGGAAGAUAAACAAAUCAAGCAAGCAAUCUCUGAGAUUGGUAAAAUUAUUGCAUUCAAGCUUUCACCCGAUUGCCUCGAAUUACGGGCCUGGUUCUUCAUUGCUCUCGAGUAUUAUGAAAGCGCUGUAAGAGAUAUUAGAGCAUUACUAAGUUUGGAGCCAAAUUAUAGGAUGUUUGAUGGGAGGAUGAGUGGUGAUGAGUUGGUUGAAGUCUUCAGCCAUCGGAUUCAGCAGUGGAGUCUGGCUGACUGCUGGAUGCAACUUUAUGAACGAUGGUCAUGUGUUGAUGAUGUCGGUUGUCUGGCUGUUAUACACCAAAUGUUGGUAAAUGAUCCUGGAAAGAGCCUAUUACGGUUUCGACAGUCUCUACUACUUCUACGGUUAAAUUGUCAAAAGGCUGCAAUGCGUUGUUUGCGAUUGGCUAGAAAGUACUGCAAUUCAGAGCACGAAAAGCUGGUCUACGAAGGAUGGAUUCUAUACGAUACUGGCCACCGUGAAGAAGCUCUCUCUAGAGCUGAGAAAUCCAUUUUAAUCCAGAGGUCAUUUGAAGCUUUCUUUCUCAAAGCAUACAUAUUAUCCGAUACAAAUCUGGAUCCUGGAACAUCAUCUCAAGUUAUUCAACUGCUGGAGGAAGCCCUUCGAUGCCCUUCUGAUGGUCUUCGGAAGGGACAGGCAUUGAAUAAUUUAGGAAGUAUAUAUGUGGAUUGCGGAAACCUGGAGCAGGCUGCGGGUUGCUACAAGAAUGCCCUUCAAAUAAAGCAUUCAAGAGCUCAUCAAGGACUGGCGCGUGUUUAUCAUAUGAAAAAUCAAAGAAAAGCUGCAUUUGAUGAAAUGAGCAAGCUAAUAGAGAAGGCGCAUAAUAAUGCUUCAGCAUACGAGAAACGCUCCGAAUAUUGUGGUCGUGAGAUGGCCAAAGAUGACCUUAAUAUGGCAACACACCUCGAUCCACUGCGAACAUAUCCAUAUAGAUACAGGGCAGCUGUUCUUAUGGAUGACGGAAAAGAAUCCGAAGCUGUUGAAGAACUAACAAAGGCCAUAGCUUUCAAACCAGAGCAGCAAAUGCUACAGCUUCGAGCAGCGUUUCACGAGUCAAUGGGCUAUUUCUCUGCUGCUCGUCAAGAUUGUGAGGCAGCUCUUUGCUUGGAUCCCAAUCAAACGGACACAUUUGAUCUGUACAGUAAGAUACGUCACAGGGCUGUUCAUCAGUGACAUUCUGUUGAGCAGAAGCAAUGAGAUUGCCUAUGUAAUGUAUAUAUGGCAUAAUGGAUUGAUGAAAAAUCAGAAAAUAUACUGUAAUUACUCCUUUCCAAGUGUAUAGUGAGAGUUCAUACAGAUUUAAGUUAUUUCUUCUUGUUCCUCUUCAACAAAAUAGGUUUAUACUUCACUUGUAAAUCAAAGGAUAUGAAUUUACCAAGUCCUUCUUUU